AUGGAUCAGGACUUGUUACAUUGGUCGCUCAGAAAGCACCGCCCUUCCUUGCCCAGACUAGCUGCCGCCUUCCUCGCCGCAACAUCCGUUCCCACACGAAAACCCACCUCAAUUCCCCGCCUCUGCAGACAAACGCCAACUUGUCUCGCCGCCGAUGCGACAAGGCGCCGUAUUCUGCAGCUAGCAUCCGUUGCGCUGGCUACCACCGUUCUCCCGACGCCUGCACGAUCUGAGAGCACAUAUGAGAAAAAAGUCCGCAAAAAUGUAGCGAGGGUAUCUUUGGGUCGCGCCAAAGCACAGGAUCUCAAGAUUGUCGCAUCCAGCUGGAAGGAAGAUAUGAGCGAGGACGACCAGCUGUAUGUGCUCCGCUUCAUCCCAAUUUGGCUGGAGCCUGCUCGUCUCGCGAUGGCAGCGGUCGGCACGCAGGAGAAUGUUGAUAUAGGGGAUGCGGCUUUGCUAAAGAACAAAGCGGCUGAGUCGAUGGGCCAUUUGCUGGAACUACGUGCGGAGGCAAAGGGGAGGAAGAAAGCUGGGGUGCUCAGGGAACUUGACGAGUGGUUGGAAACGUUGGACGACUUUCUCAAGUUGCAAGGGGUUAGGCGUUUCGUGUUGUAAUUAUAAAUAGAUUCUCGCGAAUAACGUUUUCAACUCACCAUAGGUGGAUAAGGGGCAGAAAAUGGACAGACAUUCCAGCGAAAA